AUGUUCGGCUCAUCUCGGCUUAUCCUGGUGGUGUCCUACAAUGUGCUGGCCGAUGUGUACGCCCAGACCGAGCACGCCCGCACCGUCCUCUUCCCUUACUGCGCCCCCUACGCCCUGGAGUUCCAGUACCGACACUGCCUCCUCCGCAAGGAGCUCAGCGGAUAUCGGGCCGACCUUAUCUGUCUGCAGGAGGUGGACCGAACCGCCUUCCCCGACACCCUGUGCCCUGCCAUGGAGGCCUUCGGCCUGGACGGCAUCUUCCGCCUGAAGGACAAGCAGCAUGAGGGCCUGGCCACCUUCUACCGCCGGAGCCGCUACCGACUGUGCAGCCAGCACGAUGUCCUGAUCGGGGAGGCGCUCACCGAGGACCCGCUCCACAGGCCGCUGCUCGAGCAACUCUCCCGCUACUCGGCCGCCAAGGAGAAGGUGCUGCAGAGGUCCUCCGCCCUGCAGGUGACUGUUCUUGAGUCUACGAAAGACCCUUCGAAGAAGAUCUGUCUUGCCAACACACAUCUUUACUUUCACCCCAAUGGAGGCAACAUUCGUCUGAUCCAAAUGGCUGUGGCUCUAGCCCAUGUUAGACAUGUAGCCUACGAACUUUACCCUGGCAUUCCUAUUAUAUUCUGUGGAGAUUUUAAUAGCACGCCCUCUACGGGUAUGUGCAGCUUUGUGAAAGAUGGGGCCAUCUCAGAGGAGCACCCUGAUUGGACGUCCAAUGGGGAGGAGGAACGCUGCAACAUGUCUCUUAGCCACCCCCUAAAACUGAAGAGUGCUUGCGGGGAGCCCGCCUACACCAAUUACGUCGGGGGCUUUCACGGCUGUCUAGAUUAUAUAUUUAUUGACUCGGACAGUUUAGAAGUGGAACAAGUAAUCCCAAUGCCAAGUCAUGAAGAAGUCACCAGCCACCAGGCCUUGCCCAGUGUUUCGCACCCCUCUGAUCACAUAGCACUUGUAUGUGAUGUAAAAUGGAAGUAGGCUAACCUAAUACAUGGAGAUAACAUAGAAUAUUUUUAUGUUGCAUUAACUAUUGU